GAGGACGAGUUGAGACCAGUGAGGGAGACAGUGCAGCGCAGCGAGGCGUGCACCACCGCGGACCAUUCGGAGUUUAUUUAUUACUAAUCUGGCCAUAAACGCGCGGGUCUAAAUAAACGUGUUCUUAUCAAGAAUCUGUUUUAGUAGGGGAUACACCAACGUUUAUUUGGACGGGUGUUGAAUGACCAAAACAAUGGUUUUACAGUAGGAGCGGUUCGUGCGUAAUGGUGUGGACUGCAGGAUGGCGCGCCGUCAACACUCAGCUCAUGUGGACUUCUAGAAGAGGACCGUCUCCUACCAUUCGUCUCCUUCACAAAGCGUUCCGCACCGCAGCGGGCUGUCAUCAUGGACCACGUCAAGACGCGCAGUGAUGAAGAGGAUGAAGAUCUGCACUCGACCGACCCGGAGAGCCGAGAGAAGAGCAAGGACAAGAGGCCGCUGUGUAAAGUCAAGUGGUCCCGGGAUGAGGAUGACAAACUGAAGAAGUUAGUGGAGCAGAACGGCACCGACUCUUGGAAAGUAAUAGCCGGACAUUUUACAGGGAGGACAGAUGGCCAGUGUCAGCAUCGCUGGCAGAAGGUGCUGAACCCCGAGUUGGUGAAAGGACCCUGGACAAAGGAGGAGGACCAGAAGGUGAUCGACCUGGUCCAUAAGUACGGGCCGAAGCGCUGGUCGGUGAUCGCCAAGCACCUCCAGGGCCGCAUCGGCAAGCAGUGCCGGGAGCGCUGGCACAACCACCUGAACCCCGAGGUGAAGAAGAGCUCCUGGACCCAGGAGGAGGACCGGGUCAUCUACCAGGCCCACAAGAGGCUGGGCAACCGCUGGGCCGAGAUCUCCAAGCUGCUGCCCGGCAGGACGGACAACUCCAUCAAGAACCACUGGAACUCCACCAUGAGGAGGAAGGUGGAGCAGGAGGGGUAUCUGCAGGACGGCUGCCGACCCUUCUCCUCCUCCCACGCCAAGAGACGCCAGCACAGGCCCUGUCCCCCGGCUCCGCCUCCUCCCCCCCCACCUCCUCCUCCGUCAGACCACCAGCACUGCGACCACAGCCCCCUGGCCCUGACCGGCCCCAACCAGAUGGGCGGAUAUCCUUACGACCAGCACACCGGACACCUGAUCGAGAGCCUGCUGGACUCCUCUGGCUUCCUCUCGCCGAGCUCCCUGGACGACCCAGACAGAGAGCAGCGAAUCAAAGAGCUCGAGCUGCUGCUUAUGUCAGCAGAGACUGAGGUCCGUCGCCGCGACGACCAGCGACGGGCCCCCCCCCUCAGCGUGGAGCAGCAGCUCUUCUCCUGGUCCGACGGGCCCCUGACCCCCACUGGGACCCCCCCCAGCAGCACCAGCAGCCAGGAGGACCAGGAGGCCCCGGGGCCCUGGAGGGGGGCCCCCCACCAGGGAGAGGGACCCCCCGCGGGGCCGCUCCCCGUCUCCCCCAGCAAGUUCCUGGCGGCGGAGGCGAGCACGGUGCUGUCCACCCUGCACACUAUCCCCGAGUUCGCCGAGACCAUGGAGCUCAUCGACUCGCUGUGCUCCUCUCUCCAGGACCCCAUGGCGUGGAGCGAGGUGGCCAGCUUCCACCUCUCCGACGGCGGGACGCCCCCCCGGAACGCCAAGGGAGCCUACUCCCCUCCUCCUCCUCCUGAGGCGAGAACCACGACGGAGCAGCAGGAGCAGGAGGACGAGGAGGAGGAGGAGGAGGAGGAGGACGUCCGCUACACCGUCCACGCCUUGGCCGCCGUCUCCGGCAGCCUCGGCAAACAGCGCACCCCGCUGGGCCCCGGCCGGGCCCCGACGCCGGGCCCCAACGCACCCAGGCCCGGGCAGACGUCCCUGGGUCGCGUGAGGAGGAGGACGGGGCAGUCCCCCAUGUGCGACCGCACCUGUCCGUCCUUCCUGGAGAACGUCCAGGUGUCCCCCAGGAAGACGCCCAGCAAGGGCCUGCCCUUCUCCCCGUCGCGGCUCUUCAACAUGUCGGGGGCUGACCAGCUGUGGCUGGACCACCCGUCCUACACCUCCACGCCCGUGUGCGGGCAGAAGGGUCUGCUGACCACGCCCAGCCACACCCUGCCCAAGAGCCAGAAGGAGAACGCGGGCUCCAGGACUCCGAAAUAUCGGAAGACUGUCAUGAUCCCGACUCCCAGGACGCCGACGCCGUUUAAGAACGCUCUGGCGGCGCAGGAGAAGAUGCACGGGCCGGUCAAGAUGGAGCCCCAGCCCCUGGCCUUCUUGGAGGAGGACAUCCGGGAGGUUCUGAAGCAGGAGACCGGAGCCGACAUCUUCAUCCGGACGGACGCCCAGCCGGAAUACGACUCCUGGAAACACAACAUGAGCGGGCCGGCCAGGAAGGUGAGGAAGGCCCUGGUUCUGGACCCCUGGGGGAAAGACUGCCUCCACGUGGAGCUGUUUGAAGACCCACUCAACACUGCCCAGGUGGCGUCGGAGAGUCUCCUGAGCAGCUCGUUGCUCAUGACGCCCGCCUCGGAGAGAGGGGCCCCGGCCGGGAGGGACAGGGCCCCUCAGCAUCGCCACGGCAACCAGAGGACAAAGAGGACGUCGGCCUCCCACAGGACCCCGCCGCGACCGGAGAGGAAGGACUGGGAGGCGGUGGUCUACGGCAAGACGGAGGACCAGCUGAUCAUGACAGAGCAGGCCAGGCAGUACCUGAAACCCUACCCCAUCCCGGGCUCCACCGCCCGGACCCUCGUCCUCUGAACGGCCACCCCCCCCCCCCACCACCAUCCAACCCUACACCCUUGUUGCUAAGGAAACAGAAACAAAGUUCUUCCGUCACGACGAGAGGCGCUUUUUCGACAACAGCAAGAGGCAGAAGGAUAAACUGUUGAAUCUGGAGUGGGGAACGUUUUGGGCUUUUUACAAUUUCUAGGGUUUUUAUAAUUUUUUCUGGACGGAGCAGACUCAACUGCCACUUACGUCAGCUCCAAAUACAAUGUCGUUAUUAUUUUCCGUUUUCUAGGUCACUGCCAAGAUCCCCCUCUCAACCGCCGAUUGGCCGGUAGUUCGGUCUGUUUGUGUCUCCGCUUCGUACCAGUUGGGUACUGGUUGUACUGGUUUUGUUUUGCUGUGAUGGUGACUAGGGCUGGGUCUCGUGGCCAAUUUCCUAAAUCGAUUCGAUUUCGAUUCAUAAGGUUCUGAAACGAUUAAUCACGAUUCGAUUUGAUUCAAUCUGCUCUUGAAUAAUGAAAAUGGCUCUCUUCAUCUUAAACAACAGGUUGUAAGUGCAAACUUGUAAAUUGGACAGUUUAAACUUGAGCUGUAAACAAAAUUGUCUCAAGUCUCAAAAGUGCAAUUUUGAAAUUAGAAAGGAAUUGCAAGUGAAAGUGUACUUAAACUACAACAAUCCAUCACUGAAAAUUGCAUUAAGGCAUUGUUUAUUAAAGUGCAAAAAUAAUAAUAAUGGUAACAACUAAAAAAAUAAAUUAAAAAAAACUCUAGCUCAUGCCCUAUGAAUCGAUAUUGCAAAAUUGAAAUGAAAUCGAUUUUUUUGCCCAGCCCUAAUGUUGACGCCUCAUGCACAUACUCUCGGCUGUAGAUAGAGAUAGUUCAUAAUUAGCCUUGGCUACUUGUGAGCUUAAUAUUUUUAAUAUAUUUGUUGAAUGAAAGAGAAGAAGACUUUUAAUAUGUUAACGCUGUUCAUUAGGUGUGUCUUCCAAGCUUUGUCGAGCUGAGGUCUUCCAUAAAACUCACGAUGACUAAAGGUUACAGGAAUGUUGUGUGAUCAGGAAAUAGUGCUAACUUUAUUUUCUUUUUAAAAAGUUCACCUUUUUGAUGUUAAACGGUUUGUAAGACCCCUGGAUAUUUGUUAAAGUUCUCUCUGUCCUGAUGGAAGCCUGACAUUAUUUGUGUUCAUCUCCCCCCCCCCUCGUGAUGUACGCACGCUCUGAAACUGGCCAGUUGACCAACCAUUGAAAUCCAUUACCUCUCCCCUAACAGUAUCUUUUUUUUAUUUGUCCUAACCAAGUUAAUGCCUACGAAAUGCUGGAUUCGUUAGUUUUUGGACACAGGGGAGUUCGUAUGGGCUUUCUUGUGUUUGACAGAACAAAGAAGCAGCUAUAAGAGCGGCUGAGCACUCGAUUAUUAGAAUGGACGUCAAUGACCGGUCAACUGCCAGAUUUCAGACUGCACACACACAGGGAGAAGGGGAUGAGUUGAACAGAAAUCAUGGCUGAUUCACAUCUCGACAGACGAUGUUAACAAUCAACUUUCACCAAAUCAGCAAAAGUUCUUGAAGGAAACAUUUUUAUCGUUUUCGUUCAGUUUUGUUUUAUUUCAUGAAGAAUGCUAUCCCGAUGGAUAUCAUGUAUUUGGCAGACGGAGACAGGAAGCUGUCAUUAUUGCACUACCAGGGAGUUUCCUGUUGGAUAAAGAAAGGCAGGUUUUUUGAGGGAAACUGGUUUUAGCACUUCAGAAAUUAUGGUUUGUUCGCCAGUUGAAGGGUAGGACUGAGGCCAUAGUGCUCUGUGGAUUUUUUUAUUUUAUUAUCUGAAAUGGCUU